GACAGGGGAGACUACUACAACAAUUUUUGUAUGCUAUAGGACAAGUCACGAAGUAUAAACAUUCACAGUUUGUUUCAACAUUUUAGACUUAAGUCACGGAAUCUAAAUCUAGUGGAACUGACUUUUAUUAUUAAACACAAGUUAAGUGCAGUUACUUAGUAGAUCUAGAUCUAGUGUGCGCUCAAAAUUAAUGCAAUACCUCCGAAAGUCACUUAGAUCUAGAUCUACAUUUCUGCAUUUAGUUUCACUUUCAAGAGAAGUGUUGUAUGUGAGAACCUUGUGGACUAGCAGCACAUUACACAGAGACAUGAAGGUGAAGCUUCUGCCCGCUCUUGAGGACAACUACAUGUACCUGAUCAUUGAUGAAUCAACCAGGAAGUGUGCUGUGGUUGACCCAGUUGAGCCAGACAAGGUUCAAGCAGCUGUUAGAGAGGAAGGUGUGCACCUAGAGACUGUACUCACCACCCACCAUCAUUGGGAUCAUGCAGGAGGCAACGAGCAGCUGGUAAAAAAUGUUGGACCUUUGACAGUUGUUGGCGGGGAUUCAAGGAUCGGUGCACUCAACCAUCAGGUUACGCAUGGAGAUCAUAUCAAGAUUGGCAGCCUGGAUGUCAAGUGUUUGUUCACACCCUGCCACACCUCAGGCCAUAUUUGUUACUUUGUGACUGGUCCGUCUGGCACUGAUCCUGCUGUUUUUACAGGAGACACCUUGUUUGUAGCAGGAUGUGGAAAAUUCUUUGAAGGCACCCCAGACCAGAUGUACAAAGCUUUGAUUGACAUUCUGAGUCACCUCCCACCUGAAACUAAAGUGUACUGUGGGCAUGAGUACACUGUGAACAACCUCAAGUUUGCUGCAACAGUUGAGCCAGGAAAUGUUGACCUGGCCAAAAGAUUUGACCUGGCACAGAAACAGCGCCAGAAUGGAGAGCCUACCAUUCCAUCUACAAUCAAAGAUGAGCUUCUGUUUAACCCUUUCAUGAGAGUCAGAGAAUCUUCUGUACAAAAACAUGUUGAAAAAUCUGAUCCAGUCCAGACUAUGGGAGCGCUGAGGGCAGCCAAGGAUGUAUUUAGAGCCAGUUAAACUACAAGGCUGCUUGCUACAAGGAAAAAAUCACGAGGAUGUUUAUUUACUCACAAGCCAGGAAUACUUUAUUAUUGUAACUGAAAACAAGCUGUCAACAUCUCUCAAAAACUUUGUACAGAUCUGGCAAGUUGGCCAGCUGUAUCAGACUCCUGUCACUCUCACUGCAAGAUGGUGGCAGCAGGUGUUGUUUCAUGGCUGGGUAAAUGACGUGCUCUGUGGUCCAUUUCCAAUCAUGAUUUGUAGUUUGUGAAGCAGCUUCGUCCAAGUUACUCUAAAAAUAUCAAAAGUUUCACCUUUUAUUAUAAUUAGCUUUACAGAAAUAUUGGAAAAGUUUAAAGAUUGCUAAAGGAUUUUUUCAUUUGUUACCAUGCCAUCAUUGUCUUGUAAAGAAUCAAACAUUGAUUUCUUCAGAGCAUAAAAUUGAGCUGUUUCCUCACAGAAGGACUGAAAACAUUCUUUCUCUGAUUCCCAGUCCACCUAUACAAGUAGAUGGAGUAGAAAAAUAAUUAUCAUUUUAAUUCAUAAUUUGAGCAUUGUUGGGCAUGGAUAACUUUAUAAUUGUAAGAUUUUGAAAUUAAAAUAAAUAAAAAAUUAAA